UAUCUUGUGUGUUUGAGGGGAAGGCGGAGCCGCGUCUUUCCUAAGCAGAUUCUUUCUGCCUCGUCCCUAUUUAUAGUUGGCUGGGAUUUUCACAUAAAGGGUCACUCAGAUUUUGCUCUUUCACUGUCCUGAAACCAUGGCUGAACAUACCAGAGAGGGCGAAGAGAAUGGGGUCAGCGGUUGCAUGUCUUCUGUGAUUCCUGGGUGGUUUUCGGAGAUUAGCCCAAUGUGGCCUGGAGAGGCACAUUCCUUAAAGGUAGAAAAGAUCUUAUUUCAGGAGAAAUCUGACUACCAGAAUGUAAUGGUCUUUCAGUCAGCAACAUAUGGAAAGGUUCUCGUUUUGGAUGGGGUGAUUCAACUCACAGAGAGGGAUGAAUGCGCAUAUCAAGAAAUGAUCACUCACCUGCCACUUUGCUCAAUUCCAAACCCAAAGAAGGUUUUGGUCAUUGGUGGAGGAGAUGGUGGUGUCCUGCGAGAAGUGGCCCGACAUUCUUCUGUUGAGCAGAUAGAUAUCUGUGAAAUUGAUGGGAUGGUUGUCGAUGUUUCUAAAAAAUUUUUCCCUGACGUAGCAAUUGGGUAUGAUGAUCCCCGUGUGAAUCUCCAUAUUGGCGAUGGGGUUGCAUUUAUGAAGAAUGCACCUGAAGGAACUUAUGAUGCUGUUAUAGUAGAUUCUUCUGACCCAAUAGGUCCUGCACAGGAGCUUUUUGAGAAGCCUUUCUUUGCGUCAGUGGCAAGGGCUCUUCGUCCAGGAGGAGUUGUGUGUACUCAGGCAGAAAGUAUAUGGCUUCAUAUGCACAUUAUUGAAGACAUUGUCACAAACUGCCGCCAGAUAUUCAAAGGCUCUGUCAACUAUGCAUGGACAACAGUUCCAACAUACCCAAGUGGGGUGAUUGGAUUCAUGCUGUGCUCUACUGAGGGACCUGCUGUUGAUUUCAAGCAUCCUGUCAAUCCCAUUGAUGCAGAUGAGAGUGCUUGCAAGUCAAGUCGACCUUUGAAAUUUUACAACUCAGAGAUUCACGCUGCAGCUUUCUGUUUGCCAUCUUUUGCAAAGAAGGUGAUUGAUUCAAAAACUACAUGAAAAAAAAAAAGAAAAGAAGAAGAAGUUUAAAGAGCACUUGACCAGGAUUUAAUGGUAGAGUUGCUGGAUUUCAUCCUCAUCGAAAUGGUGCAGUAGCAAUGAACCAUAGAAUAAGUUGAGGUUUGAAAUAUGUCCUCAGUGGGGGCGGAGUUAGUAUGCUUAUUGGAUUUUUGGGAUUAAUGUCAUUCCUUAUGAUUAGUACUGGACUAUGAAAAUUUGGGGACCACUCAUAGCCAGCUUAGUUUUUGCAACUAGUUGUUUAAUUCAUAAAUAUUAUAUUUAUGUUUCUUUGUUUCUUGAAUUUGCAAUUACAGCUUUGAUGUAUGUUUGAGAUGCCAAAUUCAAGAAAUAGGGGUUUUUUCCCAAUCCGGUUCAAAAA